AUAUAAUUUUACAAACUUGUAUUUGCAGAAAACCAGUAUUUUAUUUCCUUUAUGGUUCAUCUAGUUGUAGUUUUGGAGAAUUAAUAUUUUAUGAAAAUGGCCAGUGUCUGUAUAGUGGACCAAUUAAGGAUGUUACACUCAAGCGAACUUCAUGCUUCAGUGGCUUUGCUUUCCGGUCUAGCAAUUUCAAUCACGAAGAAUUUAAAUGCAUUUGGUCCAAGUCAGCAAUAUGAUAUUUUAGUGUAUAGCGGCGAUAGUUUUUUUGCCAAGAAGGAAUACAAGAGGGCAGAAGCAGCUUACCGCCGAGCACUUAACGUGCGCAAAGGAGUGCCAAAAAACACGAAGAGCGCACAGAAGGAAACGAAUUUGUCUCACGUUUAUUUUCGAAUAUACGAGUGUUGCAUGGAAGAAAAGAAUGAGGAUGGAGCACUAGAGGCGCUGCUGAACAUUGAGGAAAAACGAAGGUGUUCGAAGGUGAACUACGCAAUUGGAAAGCUUUACCAAGCAAGACAAAUGCGAAGAAAUGCCAUUAAUUGUUACAAGGAAGUCCUUCGUGAGUGUCCGCUUGCGCUGGAUUGCGCAAUCGAGUUGUUACGACUGGGUGAGCAUCCUAAUGUGGUGAUAAGCAUAAUGAAUGUGAAUGGUAGUGUAGACUGGUUGCCUGCGUACAUAAAAGCUCAUGCGUCUGUUGUGAACAAAGAACACACAAAAAGUGUGGUUGCGUUUGAUGCUCUGCAGAAGCGAGUCAGUUUGGCUGGCAACCCAACAGUACAAUAUGAUCUUGCCAUUGCGUGUUACAUGGCUGAUGAUCAUGACUCUGCUAUGAUGCAUCUUAAGUCACUUCAUAGACAGGAAAGGUUCUGGCUUCGUGGCAUGGACCUUUAUGCCUCUCUCCUAUAUGAUGAGAAGAAAGCGGAAGAACUUGGCAAGUUUUCCACCGAGUUGUUUGCUGUCUCAGAUCUUCAGCCUGAAUCAUGGAUUGCCCUUGGUUACCAUGCUCUACUAAAUGAGGAUUACACAAAAGCAGUUUAUUUGGCUGCGAGAGCUAAUCAACUAGAUCCGUUUUCAGUGCAGGCUUUCCUCUUAAAAGCUGCAGGUCUGGUUGGGCUUGGAGAAGUACAGACUGCUCUCUCACACUCCAAAGAAGCAAUCUCACUCGCCCCUCAUAGAUUGGACUGCUAUGCUAAGCUUGUAUCAUGCUACAUGAGUGAGAAUCGUAAUAACGACGCAUUGACUGUGGCAAAAAGUGCGUUCGAGGCUCUUGGUCCGUCACCUGGCUCAUAUGUACUCUGUGCACUCACAAUGCUACCUGACUCAAGUGUGCUAGACAAAGCUGGGAAACUAGUGGACCGCGCGCUUACUCUUGAUCCAAAUCAUAAAAGUGCGAUUGAAACGAAAUGUACCAUUCUGUACCGACAAGAGAAAUACUCCGAAGCAAUUAAGUGUCUUAAAUUGGCCACACAGAGGUUUGGUAGCAGCGCCUUGCAUUGCUUGCUUGGUGACUGUUAUUGUAAACUGUCAAAGCUCACAGAUGCAGUGGAUCAUUAUAGCAUCGCUCUCUCAUUAAACCCAUGUUGUGUGGAAGCAAAGGACGGCCUCUCUAGAGUCAGUGAAGCAGACAGAAGUGAUGUUUUUGACGCAGAGACGGGAAACAGUUUUGAAACUGAGGAAAGUGAUCGCAUGACAACAGGGAUUGCCUGGCCACAGGAAAAUCCAUGGUUUUAAACAAUCCUUAAAUUUGUUAAUUGGCUGCAGCACUGCCUAAUUAUAAUAUACACAAUGGUAAUAUAGUCGUUUAUAUUUCAAUAUUAUUAGGAAAUAAUAUGGAAAAGCGGGCAACAAUUGUAUCAUCCUUUUUUCCAAGCGUUUUUCUAAACAUUUAAUAUUUUUCUCGUUCCAG